UAUAUAGCCCGCAGGCAGCUCACGGUAUCAUUAAGGAUCCAUAUUUCCUCAGCGUGCCACCACCAUGUCCUCCAACGAUGGCAGUGCAGGAAACUGGCAGCAAGGAGGAGGAAUGGGCCCGUGCUGCGGCACCCCGACGCCGACGCUGCUCGCCGCGUUGGCAGCGUCCUUCGCCUGCUGCUUCCUCCUCGUCCUCGUCUUCCUCAGCCUGCGCUUCCUCCACCUUCGCCGCACCUGGUCGCGGCGCAACAGUGCACAGCCCCUGCAAGGGCAGGUCCAGGCCCCGCAGCCCAAGAUUGGCCUCGACGCCGCCACCAUCGCGCUCAUCCCGUCUUUCCCGUACCAGCGGGACAGCUCGGCAUCGUCGCCGGCCGAGUGCGCGGUGUGCCUCAGCGUCGUCGACGACGGGGAGACGGUGAGGCAGCUCCCGGCCUGCAAGCACCUGUUCCACCAGGCGUGCGUCGACGUGUGGCUCCUGUCUAAUGCGUCGUGCCCGGUCUGCCGCGGGAAGGCCGAGCCGGCCGCCCGUGCCGAUCGGCAAGAGAGAGCCCCGGCGUCGGCGGCCGUCGUGCCUCUCGAGAUAUUGGACGAAGAGAUGGAGGCUUUCUCAUCGUCGACGUCCGGGCCCGUGACAGAGCGGCCGGGACUGCUCGGCGGGCGGGCCUCCGGAUCCGGCCAGGAAGCAGACUUGGAACAGCAAUAGCAGCAGCCAUUGUGUCCUGCAAGUCGGUGACUCGUAGAUUGCACUGUCUUGAGAACUAGGCAGCAACAGUUCGACAUGAAUUCCUUCGUGUCAUGCUAUGUUCUUCUCUGCCACAUACAAAGAGUAUGAUGAAUGUUGGAUAUGCAAGCAUUAUUGCUCAUUCCUUCCUUUUCUU